AUGGCUCCCUCUACUACCACUACAACCACUACUAAGGCAGCUGACGUUCCACAAUACGUCUUGCUUAAGAACAAGUUCAAGCAACAAGCUCAAACCCACGAGGGUCCAUCUCCUUGGGCUGAGAAGUACACAGAGGGACCUUCCUACAAGCCCUCAAAAGAGUACUUGAAAGCUUCAGGCGCUUUGGACGGAGCUUACAAAUUCGACGAGAUCACUCCUCAAAUUGGCAGAGAAUACCCAGAAGCCCAACUCCGUGAUAUUCUCAACGACGAGUCCAAACUUAGAGACCUUGCCAUCACUAUUUCUAGACGUGGUGUCGUUUUCUUUAGAAACCAAGAUCUUACCAUUGAGGAACAAAAGACUCUUGCCCUCCAGCUUGGCAAGCUUACUGGUGUUCCAGAGACCUCAGGUCUUCAUAUCCACCCCACUGCUCCAGCUGGUGGUUUCCUCAAGGACGGUACUGAUGAGACUGAUCCAGAGGUUUCAAUUAUUUCAUCUAAACUUGGUAAGGAAUUGUACUUGAGAGACAAGCUUAUUGUCAACAAGAAGAGAGCUGCUAAUGGCUGGCACUCUGAUAUCACUUUCGAGCCUGUUCCUUCUAGUUAUGCCAUUUUGAAGGUUGUCGAAAAGCCCCCUACUGGUGGUGAUACUCUUUGGGCCAGUGGAUAUGCUCUUUACGAGAAGCUUUCUCCAUCCUUCAGAGCUUACCUUGAGACCUUGACGGGAACCUAUGCUCAACCCGGAUUCAAGAAGGCUGCUGAGGGCAAGUUCGAAAUUUACUCUGGCGAGCGUGGUGCUCCCGAGAACGUCGGUGACGAAUUGACUGCCGUUCACCCUCUUAUCAGAACCAACCCAGUCACCGGCUGGAAGAGUAUCUUCGCACUUGGCCACCACUUCACCUCUAUCAACGGACUCACUGACGACGAGAGUCUUCUCAUUAAGGAGUACAUCAACGAGCUGCUCUACGGCUCGCACGACAUCCAAGUGAGAUUCAAGUGGGGUAAGAACGACGUUGCCCUCUGGGACAACCGUUCUGUCUACCACACUGCCACCAACGACUACUACGAGGCCUCUGAGUUUGAGAGAACCGGAGUCAGAACCGUCGGCAUCGGCGAGCGUCCCUUCUUGGACCCCAAGUCUAAGAGCAGAACCGAGGACCUGCAGGAAUCUGGCGUCACUGUUUAG